AUGACGGAAGCGUCGCUGCAGGAUCGCUUACGCGAUCAUGCAAAGGCCUUCAACGGUCUUUUGAGCCUUAUUCCGGCUAAGCAGUACUACGGAGAAGAUACCAGCGACCAAUGGAAAAAAAAGAAGCAGACAAAGAAAGAGGCUGCGGCCGCCCGCCGAGGAAAGCUUGAUCCCGACAGCGAGCUGCACAAGAACGCCAAGGAAGUCAUGGACGAGCGUGCCCGAAACAAGCGCAAGCAGCGCGAGGAGGAGGAGGAUGAAGGGGAUGAAGAGGAGGAGGGGCAUCAAGAGCAAGAAGAUGGCGAAGCUGACUCCUUCCUUGCCAUGGAAGGUGUCGAGGAAGAACAACCCGGCCAGGGCCUGAGAAAGGCUACCGAAAAGCCCAACAAGAAGCAAAAGGUCGAGCCCAAGCAAGACGAUGAUGAGUCCGGUAUCGAGGUUGACGAUGAGCCCGAGGAGACUGCCCCCGCGGCUGAGGAACAAAAGCUGUCCAAGAAGGAACAAAAAAAGGCUGCUAAACGCGAGCGCAAGGCCGAAAAGAAGGCUGCCAAAGCCCAGGGAGGCGCUAGCCAACAACACACACCAAACGCAAAGUCCUCCAAGGACCAAGAAAAUGAGACUCCCAGCGCCAAGAAGCAAAAAGCCAAGCAAGAAGCCAAAAAGGAAGCCAAAAAGGAGACUAAAGCCGCGGCCAGCCCCGACGUAGAAGAAGAUGAGGCCAUGCCUGACGCUCAGGAAUCGUCUGGCUUUGCCGCGAACCUCGACGUCGCCGGCCUGGACAACAAGGACGACUUUGAGGAGGUCUCAGAACCCCACUCUCCCGUGUUUGACGCCGAGCCCGCCAGCAGCACGUCGACAUCCGUGUCGUCCGCCAUCCCGCCGUCGGAGAAGUCGAAGCACCUUGUGGUGCCCAAGGACACAUCGGCGCUUAAGGCGCGGCUGGCGGCCAGGAUUGAGGCGCUGCGCGCUGCGCGGAAAGCCGACGGGCCUGACGGCAAGCCGAUCCGCACGCGGCAGCAGCUGAUCGAGGCGCGGCGAGAGAAACAGGUGCAGCGCAAGGAGCACAAGAAAGAGCUGCGGCGUGCCGCCAAGCUGGAGGAGGAGCGCAAGCGCGAGGAGGCGCUGGCGUCCAACUCACCCGGCGCCAUGAGCCCCGCAGCCGUCGCCGACGACGGCAGCUUCUCGUUUGGGCGCGUCGCCUUCGCGGACGGCUCGCAGAUGUCGCACGACCUGAGCUACGUCCUCAACCAAGGCAAGCGCAAGGGCCCGUCGGACGCCAAGACGGCGCUGCUCCGGGUGCAGAACCAGAAGAAGCGGCUGGCGGAGAUGGACGCGGAGUCGCGGACGGACGUCGCGGAGAAGGAGGCGUGGCUGGCGGCGCGCCGGCGCGCCGAGGGCGAGGGCAAGAUCCGCGACGACGAGGCGGCGCUCAAGAAGACGAUCAAGCGCAAGGAGGCAGGCAAGCGCCGCAGCGAGAAGGCGUGGGGCGACCGGCUCAAGGGCGUCUCGCAGGCGCAGCACGACCGCGUCAAGAAGCGCGAGGACAACUUGCGCAAGCGCCGCGACGAGAAGAUCAUGGGCAAGGCGGGCAAGAAGAAGAAGGGCGGCGCGGCCGGCGGCGGCGGUGGGAAGAAGAAGGGUGGUCGGCCGGGCUUUGAAGGCAGCUUCGGCGUGGCCGGGCGGAAGAAGUAA